UCAUUUCCCAUCACUUUAUCUUAUCUACUGUUGAUAAAGUGCUUAUACAGUUGCUCUUCCUUGCUGUAUAAGCCAACAUGGUUCGCUUGGAACUUAUCGUUUUGGUCGCUUUACAAAUUUUGCUGGUCAAAAGCUUCCCUGCUGACGUUUUGAUCCAAAAUGCGGAUAAUUCAGAAGCCAAAGCGAUGAACGAAGACCUUGAUGAUCUGAUAAAUGAAGUACCCAACACAGAGAACUCCAAUCGAAUGGAAGAGACAUUGGGCAAUAGUCACGUGAUCGAAGGAGAUAUUUACGUAGAUAAGAGUACAACGAACAUCCUUGGUGCGCUUCAAAACGGUGUUGCCCGUGAUGCCAUUACCAAUGCUGUUCGUCUCUGGCCACGUGGGAGAGUUCCUUACGUAUUUGGAAGAGUCAGUUCUCGCGUGAAGUCUGCCUUUAGGCAAGCGAUCGCAGAAUACAACAGAUACUCGUGUAUUCGUGUUGUGCCCAGAACUUCUGAAAAGGACUACAUCUAUGUUGUCAGCGAAGGAGGGUGUUGGUCGUUCAUUGGUAAAAGGGGUGACAGACAGAAGCUGUCGCUCGGUAGAGGCUGCGAAUACAAGGGUAUUGCUGUUCACGAGUUGAUGCAUGCUCUGGGGUUCUACCAUGAACAGUCUCGCCUGGACAGAGACAAUUACAUCACUAUUCACUGGAAUAACAUCAAGUCUGGUAGAGAUUACAACUUCAGGAAGUAUUCCCACGGCCAAGCCGAUACUCUAAACGAACCAUACGACUAUGGUUCCAUUAUGCACUACCCAAGAAAGGCCUUCACUCGUAACGGCAAGGAAACGAUUGUCCCGAAGCGAUCUGGAGUGACGAUUGGUCAACGACGUGGCCUCAGUCGUAUUGAUAUCAGGCAACUGAAUAAGCUGUAUAAGUGCGGCGAUGUUGUGGUUCCUACGAGGCCACCUACCAAACCUGCUGGCCCCUGUGUAGACGAAUCAUCAGGAUGCAAGAGAUGGGCCAAAGCCAGGUACUGUGUAGAAGGACGGUUUAUCAAUUACAUGAGGAAAAAGUGCAAGAAAAGCUGUGGACUUUGCAAGGGAACAG